GCUGUCGAUCUAUUUGGAUUUAUGACUAAUUAUUGAUGUUUUUGAGAAUCAUGGAAUUUGAUUAAUUGGGAUAAUAGUAAUAUUUUUUUUUUGAACUACAAGCAAAUAAAAAGCAAAUGACUCUUUCCUUGCCACAAAUAGUAGCUAAAGAAAAUCGAGACAAUACUCUGUUUAUCUUUUAUGCCAACCUUUUGGAUGAAAGUGUGGACAUUAACGAAUCUAAGGUGGUUCAGCUCCUUCGUGAUGAUUUCAAAUUUGAGUUGCUGCUCAGAAACUUGAGUUUACCGCAUCAACUGAAAGUGAGAAACAUAAAGAGUGAGCUAGAUAGGGAUGUCAAAAUUAUCAAUAUGCUUAUUCUGAAAUAUAUAUUGAAAAGAUAUGAAGCAGGAAAUGUUCAUAGCAACGAAUGGGAGGAGUCUAAAAAUGAGUAUGGAAAGCCGAGUCUCAAACAUAGAAACUAUCAAUAUAAUAUUUCCGAUGAGAUAGGUAUGGUAUGUCUUGCCAUCGGGUUUAACGAAAAAUUAAACUCAGAAGUUGGAAUUGACUUGGCAAACCCAGAUGACAUUCAACGAUUUGGAAUGUCUGAUUUGCGAAGUUUUUACGAAAACGAUUUCAGAUCGAUUUUUGGGGCGAAGGAAAUUCUAGAGCUGGAUCGAUCAUUUGGUGAUCUUACUUAUGAUGAACAAUUACAAAGGCUCACGCAGAUUUGGGCCUUGAAAGAAAGUUUUUGCAAGUACCUCGGAGUGGGCAUUACCGCUGGGAUGGAGAAUUUUGAGUUUCCUAAGCCAAAGAAACCUUCAGUUAUUGAAGGUGGUGUUGAAGGCAGCAAAGAUUUAUUCCAGGUUGUUGCACGUGAUAUUGAGAUGAAUUUCACUGGGGUUGUUGAUGUAAGGAAUGGGUGUUUCCAACUUCCACAAAGUAAGCUCAUAUGCUCAGUGUUUGGUGACUACAAAAAGGCAUGUUUGGUGAAAGUCGAUGUUGGCAAUAUCAUAAAGGAGUUUACACAAUGAGAUGGAAAGAAAAAUUAUCGAAAAGAAAGACACAUCUUGAAAGAAAGAAGUAGAAAGUGUUGUUAAAAUAUCUAUAGACGUGAUAGUAAAAUUAGUCCAGUUUGAACACCUGUUCACAGAAAUGUCUGAUCACUGUUUUCCCUUCUUCGAAAGUUGGGUCUUCGUGUCUCACGAUUGCAGCUGCAUGAGUUGCGUUUGUUUUCGUGAUGUAGAUUGGGUAUUUGGACCAUUCAAGCUGGUUCAAAUUCUUA